AUGACUUUGUUGCACAAAAAUUUCAUAUCUAAGAAUGCACGGGUUAAUAUAGGACCGAUUAAAUCCUUUAGAUUGUUUAAGGAAAAUGUCGGGGGUUAUGAGAAUGUGGGAGUGACAAUGCAAGAUUUUAAGAAUUUCCAUAGGGAUUUGAAAACAUAUAUUAAAGGAGAUGAUGGGAAGAUGUUGAUCGAGAAUUUUAUCAGAAAAAGAGAUAUUUACACGGGGUUUUAUUUUGAUUAUGCUUUAGAUGAGGAGGACCACAUUUCACGUUUAUUUUGGGCCGAUGCGAUAAGUAGAAAGAAUUAUUGUUUAUUUGGAGAAAUGGUUACUUUUGAUUGUACUUAUAACACCAAUAAGUAUAGCAUGGUUUUAGCCCAUUUUACUGGUGUAGAUCAUCAUAAGUCUUGUAUUACAUUUGGUAUAGGUUUAUUAGCUAAGGAAGAUAGUGAAUCUUUUGAGUGGUUAUUUAGAACUUUUUUACAUUGUAUGGGGGAUUGUAUGCCAACAUAUUUGAUAACUGAUCAAGACCCUGCAAUGAAAAUUGCGAUUAAAAAUAGGUACAAACAAGAUAAGCUCAAUGCUGAAUCACUUCACACAAACCCACAAUAUAAAACACCAUUGCCGAUUGAAAAACAUGCCGGUGAAGUCUAUACUAGAAAAAUUUUUUUUCUUUUUCAAAAUGAAGUUUAUAAGUCUUGUUUCAAAACUUAUAUUCAAAAUAUUGAAAAGAUUGAAAGUGUGGAAAGUAUAACUGUUUUGGACUCAACGGUAAGUAAGAUGUACAAGGUGAAAUUUAUACUGGGAAGUUCGAUUGACGAGUUGAAGGUAGAUUGUGAUUGCAAGUUAUUUAAACGGAUAGGAAUAUUAUGUUCCCAUGCGAUUUGUGUUAUGAGUGCAAGACAAAUAACACAAAUACCAAAGCAAUAUGUUUUAGAUCGUUGGACGAAGCUAGCAUUAAAGAAGCCUAUUUUUGAUUUGCAUGGGAAUCUGAUUGAAGAGAGCAAAAAGUGUAACAACGUGGGGAAGUUGUUGGGGGAAGUUUGGUGUGAAAUAUUAAAUUGUGUAGGUUUAGCUCAACGGAGUGAGAGUGAUUUACAAUCACUUUUACAAAACCUAAAAGAUAUUAGUAGAAAAUUGGAGGAAAGUGAUGAUGUGAGGGUGGACAUUACUAAAGAACAACAAAUCGAAUUGUUAGUAGGCACAAGUUCAUCUUCGACAAUGGAAAUACAAAACCCAAUCCAAUCAAAGAACAAAGGAAAAAGACAAAGAAUAAUUGGGGAAAAGGAACAAACUAUUGAGCAAAGCAAGAAGCCCAAAAGAAAGUGCAAAACUUGUGGUAAAUUUGAUUAUCAUGAUAGUCGAAAUUGCCCAUCAACAAAAGAUACCCCACUUAAGGAGAGGGUGAGGGAAAAAGAUGGGCCAAACCAGAAUUGA